CGGCUCUGGUCGUGUUUUGGUUUGGAAAAGGUAGAAAGAUGACAGCCAGAAAGUCCGGGUCGCGGUUAGAGACUGAAAUAGAGCGAUGUCGAUCAGAGACACAAUGGGACAAGAUACCAGAACUUGUGCGACAGCUGUCUGCGAAACUAAUCUCAAACGACGAUCUUGGGGAACUUCUUCUGGGGGAGGCAAAACUCCAGCAGUACUUGAAGGAAAACCCUAUCAAGCAGGGAGGAGCCAGUCCUCGCAGGCCCCGACCACAACUUCAGGAGGUUCGGAAACACCUGACAGCUGCACUUGAUCGGGGAAACUUAAAGCCUGAAUACAUGCAGGAAGCCAGGCUGAUUAUGGCUAAACUAUGUUACGUAGAGGGUGAUUACAGAGAUGCACUGAAUCAGAACGGCUAUGUGAAUCUGGAUGACCUGCAGCUGGUUGGGGCUCCGAUGUACAGACUUUCCAUGAUCGCCGAGGCCUAUGCCACUAAAGGUCUUUGUCUGGAGAAGGUGCAUGCGGCAUCCCCAUCACUGUCCAAUCGUAAUGCUGACAAAGACCAGGAGAUCCUCACUUGCUAUGAGAAGUCUGGAGACAUUGGCUUGCUGUAUCUUCAGGAGGUAGAAAAGGCCCUCAGUGCUGGCAUUCAGAACCGCAGUCCAAAGCCUGGCCCAGUUACACAUGAACAGGAACUUGGCUACUUCCUGGAAACUGGACUUCAGAGGGCACAUGUUAUCCAUUUCAAAAACGGUAACCUUACCCGAGGUGUCGGCCGUUUCCGAGAAAUUCUCCGUGCUGUUGAGACCAGGACCACUCAGAACCUUCGUAUGACUAUUGCCAGGCAGCUUGCAGAGAUCUUGCUGAGGGGCAUGUGUGAACAAAGUUAUUGGAACCCACUGGAAGAUCCCCCUCACCAGUCCCCUCUCGACGAUCCACUCAGACACACCGCCCACACUAAGGACUACGCCCUCAGCCGCCGCCCACGUAUCUACUCAGGAGAGAACUUGUUUUGUCCACAGGAGAACACUGAAGAGGCUUUACUUCUUUUAUUAAUCAGUGAGUCUAUGGCGAACAGAGACGCUGUAUUGAGCCGAAUCCCCGAGCACAAUAAUGACCGAAUCAUCAGUCUGCAGAGCGCCUCGCUAGUGUAUGACUUGCUGACCAUUGCGCUCGGCCGACGUGGACAGUACGAAAUGCUGUCAGAGUGUCUCGAGAGAGCCAUGAAGUUUGCCUUUGAGGAAUUUCAUCUCUGGUUCCAGCUUGCUUUGUCUUUGAUGGCUGCUGGGAAGUCGGCUCGUGCAGUAAAGGUGCUGAAGGAGUGUAUCAGACUGAAGCCGGAUGAUCCCACCAUUCCACUGCUGGCUGUCAAGCUGUGCAUUGGAAACCUGCACUGGCUGGAAGAGGGUGAGCGCUUUGCUAAAAUGGUGAUUGAUAUGGGUGAGAAGGCAGCUGAAUUCAGGGCUAAAGGAUACCUAGCUAUCGGGCUUGUCUACAGUCUGAAGGCCACAGACGCAUCACUUCGAGGAAUGCAGGAAGAGUAUCAGAAAAAAGCACUGAGUGCUUUCCAGAGGGCACAGAGUCUAUCUCCCACUGAUCAUCUGGCUGUUUUCUAUCUUUCACUCCAGCUGGCUGUGUCUCGACAGAUUCCAGAGGCUCUGGGUUAUGUACGGCAGGCGUUACAGCUGCAGGGUGAUGAUGUUCAUUCUCUGCAUCUGCUGGCCUUGUUGCUGUCAGCACAGAAGCACUACCACGAUGCACUCAACAUCAUUGAGAUGGCCCUCAGCGAGUACCCCGAGAACUUUGUCCUUUUAUUCACAAAGGUGAAGUUGGAGACGUUGUGUCGAGGACCCGAGGAGGCGCUGCUCUCUUGCAAACGCAUGCUGCAGAUCUGGAAGUCCUGUUACAACCUCACCAACCCCAGUGAUUCUGGGAGAGGGAGCAGUCUGUUAGACAGAGCAGUCGCUGACCGUCGCCAGCUGAACGCCAUGACACUGCCUGACUUCAGUGAUGCAGAGACGGGCAACCUUCCAGAUGCUUUCUUUCAUGGUUUUGACUCCUUUAUUGGGGUUUGUUCUGUCCACGCCACCUCCAUAGCAGCAUCACGGGUGGAGCAGGCGCUGUCCGAGGUGGCCUCGUCUCUGCAAAGCAGCGCUCCGAAACAAGGACCCCUCCAUCCGUGGAUGACCCUUGCUCAGAUCUGGCUACAUGCAGCGGAGGUGUAUAUUGGAAUGGGAAAGGCGGCCGAGGCGACAGCGUGUACGCAGGAAGCAGCCAACCUGUUCCCAAUGUCUCAUAACGUGUUGUUUAUGAAGGGUCAGGUGGCAGAGCUGCGGGGAAACGUGGACGAGGCCAAACGCUGGUACGAGGAGGCACUUUCCAUCAGCCCAACCCACGUUAAGACUUUGCAGAGACUGGGUCUGAUAUUGCAUCAAUUGCAACGGUUCAGCCUUGCUGAGAAGAUCUUGCGUGACGCGGUGCAGGUGAACAGCACGGCCCAUGACGUUUGGAACAGUCUGGGCGAAGUUCUGCAAGCACAGGACAACAACGCCGCCGCAACAGAAUGCUUCCUCACUGCCCUGGAGCUGGAGGCAAGCUGCCCCAUCUUACCCUUCACCAUCAUUCCCCGCAGCCUUUGAGACACUCAGCACCAAUAAAACAUCUGUCCGAUAGUCAUGCAUGAACUACAGAUCUCACACAGCCAGGAGAGAGCCCUCAGAGAGAGAUGCCUUUCUUCCCCCUUUUGAUCAGUUUUGGAUCAGUCAAGAAGAAGAAGUGACCAACGGACUUCACAGCUGCACUAACCACACCCCGUCUACAAUCUCUCUCUCUGUCUCUCUAUCGUUCUCCCAUUUUCUUUCUUCUAUAGUAGUGUUUUCUCAGUUUACUUCAACAGAUAUUGUAUUGGCCUUGUUUACACACUACUAUACUGUUAGUUUGACCAAUUAGAAACAUGUAAAGCUCUUGUCAGUCUAUUGAUCGACGCAGCCAUGUCAGUGCUUCCUUUUUCCCCCAAGACAUGUUCUGAAACCCACAUCCCUGAGAUCAUCGUAGAUGUCUGUCAUAAGACCCAAUGAUAAUACUGACAUGGAGAUGGUCGUGUGUGUAAGUGUGCUGUGUGUGUUGGUGAAGAAUGAAAUGGACUGUAGGAGUUUGUGUUUCCUUUUUAUGUGAUGAUAAAGGACAUCCUAUCGUUGUGCGUGUGAUUAGUUUUAAUAUAAUACGCUACACACUGUUAUAGUGGAUCCGUUACACACACACGUUAUAAAAGUUUUGUUUGUAUGCUGUGUAUAUGAGGGCUGGUAUGUCACGCAUACAAUGGGUCAUAAAGAAACGUCACGCCCCUUUUGAAUUCAAUACUGUACUGUUUAUAUAUUAUAUGUAUAAAUCAACUAGAGCAAAUGGAACGGAUGCCAAAAGAACAGUUAUUCUAAAAGCAAAUAUUUUGCCCUUGUUUCUAUUGUUAAGAAAGUAUGAAUAUAGUUUCGAAUGUUUUUGUUUGAUUGUUUAUUUUUCCACGUGUCAUUAUUCAGAGGUCAGAUUUAUAUUGUUGGUUUAACAGAGACAUGUUAUAUUAGAUGUUUAUUUAUCUGUGUCACAGUGGCCAUGUGUGGGACGGGUGAAGACAUGUAUGUCUGUUAUGUGUGUGGGUGUUAACUUGUGUGAAGAACAUGGAUGAUGGUUGACUGUAUCAGAUGAACACAUUUCUAAGCUGUCUUAAUAACGGACAGGAUGACUUAAGCCAGAAACAGGAAGCUUAUUUGUGUGUGUGUGUGUGUGUGUGUGUGUGCUUGUAUGCAAGCGUGUCAUUCAUGUGGCCAAUCACACAACUGGAAAAGCUGUUUAAUGAUGUCAAUAAAUGAUCGAUUGAAACAUGA